ACUUCAGCAGCCUUCGAUGACGCAGUCGAAGAACGCGUGAUCAACGAGGAGUACAAAAUAUGGAAAAAGAACACGCCCUUCUUGUACGACUUGGUAAUGACCCAUGCUCUGGAGUGGCCCAGCCUGACUGCUCAGUGGCUUCCUGAUGUGACGAGACCUGAGGGCAAAGAUUUCAGCAUUCACCGGUUGGUCCUGGGGACUCAUACUUCAGAUGAACAAAAUCAUCUCGUGAUAGCAAGUGUGCAGCUGCCUAAUGAUGAUGCACAGUUUGAUGCCUCACACUAUGACAGUGAGAAAGGAGAGUUUGGAGGCUUUGGGUCUGUUAGUGGAAAAAUUGAGAUUGAAAUCAAGAUAAAUCAUGAGGGAGAAGUGAACAGAGCACGUUACAUGCCACAGAACCCCUGCAUCAUUGCUACGAAGACUCCAUCCAGUGACGUCCUCGUCUUCGAUUACACCAAACACCCUUCUAAACCAGACCCUUCUGGAGAGUGUAACCCGGAUCUGCGUCUUCGUGGGCACCAGAAAGAAGGCUAUGGGCUGUCAUGGAACCCAAACCUGAGCGGGCAUUUGCUUAGUGCUUCUGAUGAUCAUGUGAGUGCUUUUAAGCAUAGCUGGGGUGCCAUCUGCACUUUGUGUCCCUUGACAAAGGUCAGACAUGUUUUUCUGUUUGAGGGAUGGAGGUGAGGGAGCGCAGGGAAUUUUUGUUUAAACAUAAGAUGUACA